AAAUGCGCAGAUUAAUUGUUCCUAAUUGAUCAACUAUUAAUUUAGUGUAAUUAGAGAGAACAGAGAGAGAGAUUAAGUACCGUGCGUGUGAAUCUGAUAGAAUAUCGAUUGUCGGUAAUUUGAAGAGAAUUAGUUUUAAUUGUGAUCUACAAGAAGAAACUAAGUAAUUAUCUAUCUACCUGUCUAAUUAUCGAUAGAAAAUAAUAAAAACCGAAACCGUUGAUUGUGAUUUGUUCAUAAAAAGAAAACAACAAAAAGGUUUUAUCUUUGUUCCGGUUAAGUGUUUGUGUUACCAUUUGGAUUAACAAGUAACUCUAAUAUUUUGUGUUCCAAUUAAUUACUAAUUAAUCUUCUACCGGUGACCAUUUUAAUUGGAGAAUCUAUCAAACCAUUCUAACGAUAGAAAAUAAUUCUCCCAUCAUUAGAUAAUCAUCUCAUUAAUGGCUAACAAGUGAUUCCAUUGAAACAAGGGCGGUGCUUGGACAAGAGGUGUCAUUAUAUUUUCGUUGUUCACUUGCUGCACCUUAUUUUUUUUCUUCUGUUUAUCAUUUUGUUUUCUUUUUUUCUGUUUUCUUUUUUCUUCUCCUUCUCCCUUUGAUUGUUACCAUUUAAAUCAAUUUUUUUUCCUCUCACCAAAUUGAAAUUGUUCGCUAUCAUCUUCCUCAAAUGUCUAAUAUGAGUGAUCAACUUGACCAUGCACUUGACCUUAUGCGUCGCCUUCCACCUCAACAAAUUGAGAAAAAUCUUUGUGAUCUAAUUGAUCUCGUUCCGAGCUUAUGUGAGGAUUUGUUGUCAUCAGUCGAUCAACCUCUCAAAAUUGCUCGAGACAAGAUCUCUGGAAAGGAUUAUCUUAUUUGUGAUUACAAUCGUGAUGGUGAUUCUUACAGAUCUCCUUGGAGUAAUAGUUAUGAGCCUGAAUUGGAAGAUGGAACCGUGCCUUCAGAGAGGUUAAGACAAAUAGAAAUCGAUGCUAAUUCAGCUUUUGCUCAAUACCGAGAAAUGUAUUAUGAAGGUGGCAUAUCCUCCGUGUACCUUUGGGAUUUAGACCCUGGUUUCCAAGGGUUUGCGGGUGUAAUUUUGAUUAAAAAGAGUGGCAAUGGAUCCAAUAAAAUUAAAGGUUGUUGGGAUUCAAUACAUGUUUUUGAAGUCCAGGAAAAAUCUGGAGGUAGAAAUGCCCAUUAUAAGUUAACAUCAACUGUAAUGUUGUGGCUACAAACCACCAAACAAGGAUCAGGAACAAUGAAUCUUGGUGGAAGCUUAACUCGCCAGUCAACAAAGGAUUUUACCGUUAAUGAUGCAAAUCCACACAUAGCCAAUAUUGGAGGAAUGGUUGAGGAUAUGGAAAAUAAGAUUCGGAAUACUCUCAAUGAGAUCUACUUUGGUAAAACCAAUAGUAUCGUUAAUGGCCUUAGAUCAGUCAAUUCUUUAUCCGAUCAAAAGCAACAAGAUGCUCUUAGAAUCGAUUUGGCUCAAGCAUUACAGAAACGUCAGGCCAAAAACGAUUCCUCCGUUUGAUGUAACAAAACAUUAAUGUGCUUGUUUUGUUAUCAAUUUUUUUCCAACAAAAACAUCAACUUCUUCAAAAAUUUAUUGUAAUAAUUUUUACUUCUAAUUGAUGAGCAUCAAAACGAAACAAUGAAAAAAAAAGUGAGCAAAAUCCAGAAGGAAUCAUAGAAAGAAACAAAAAUGGGAGCAAAUCGACUAAUUUAAAUCAUAUCGAUACAAUUAAAUUUCCCAAUGUUUCAUUUUUGAUGAAAAAGACAAAGUAAAAAAAAGGAAAGAAUCAAAAAUUAACCAAACAAUCAACUUAUAUAAAUACACAUACAUUCAUAUGCAUAUUCAGAGAUACGAAACAAAACAAAAAAUAGUGUUAAAACAUAAUAUCAACACUUUGAAGCAAACAAUUGAUUAAUUGCUUAAUAUUAAUAAAUAUGUUAUUACACAUUAAA